AUGAGCAUGAAAGCCCCACCCACCCUCCUGCAGCUGGCAGGGCAAAGCCUGCUGCAGAAUGAUGCCCUGGACAUCUCUGUUGUGGAGACACUGCCCAUGGAGCUCUUCCCUCCUCUAUUCAUGGAGGCCUUCACCUGGAGACGCAAUGAGAUUGUGAAGGCCAUGGUACAGGCCUGGCCCUUCCCCUGUCUCCCCCUAGGGGCUCUGAUUCAGAAGACAAGAGACUUGGAGACUUUACAGGUUGCCCUGGAUGGGAUUGACAAGCUACUUUGCCAGCAGGUUCGCCCCAGGAGGUGGAAACUGCAGGUGCUUGACCUGGGGUCUGAGCACCAGAACUUCUGGAACAUGUGGUCUAAAUCCAUGCCUGAGGACUGCAUCCUACAGACCAAGAGCAAGAAUCAAGCAGCAGAGGUCCCCCCAAGAAUAGGGGUGAAGCAGCCCUUGAGACUGAUAGUUGAUGUUAACCUGGAGCCCUGUGACCUGAAUAAAUUCCAGUUGUACUUGUUUGAGGUCCUGGGCCUUUUGGAGCUGGACUGGAUGGAGGAGUUGGUCAUGGAUUGUCCCUGGACCUUGCAGGCCCUGGUCAUGUUUGCUCCUUACCUGGGCCAAAUGAGAAACCUGCACAAACUCAACAUCUCUCAUACCUGUGUGUCAGAAUCCAUAACUCCAGAGCAGCACGAGCAGCUUGUCACCACUUUUACUUCUCAGUUCGGCAAACUUGGCUGCCUCCAACAGCUCUGUAUGAGCAGGGCUUAUUUCCUGCAUGGCCACCUACACCAGGUGCUCAGGUGCCUGAAGAACCCCUUGAAGUCCCUGUCAAUAACUCACUGCCAGCUUGAAGAAUCAGACUUGCAGUGUCUGUCCAGGUGCCUGAGCAUCCGCCAGCUGGAACACUUGAGUCUGAGAGGAGUCCCAUUGACAUAUGUGAGUCCUGAGCCCCUCCGAGUUCUGCUAGAGAGAGUUGCAGAAACACUGAAGACCCUGGACUUGGAGGACUGUGAAAUCACGGACCCCCAGCUCACUACCCUCUUGCCUGCCCUGAGCCACUGCUCCCAGCUCACCACCUUCUGUUUCUAUGGGAAUGACAUCUCCAUAUCUGUCCUGAAGGACCUGCUGCACCACACUGCCAGGCUGUGCCAAUUGAGCCAGGAGCUGUACCCAGUUCCUGUGGAGAGCUAUGAUGAACAGGAGCAGCUGGUCGUCCAACUCACCUCUCAGUGUCUCAACCUGGCCCGCCUGCAGGUGCUUUCCCUGGACUCUGUCUCCUUCCUGGAAAGCCACCUGGACCAGGUGCUCAGUUCUCCUAGAGAGAGUUGCAUUUACACUGAAGACCUUGUGUUUGGGGAGCUCUGGGAUCGAGGACCUCCAGCUCACUGCCCUUCUGCCCGCCCUGACCAACUGCUACAGCUCAGCACAUUCAAGUACAUAAGGAGUCCCAUGUCUGUGGCUGUCCUGGAGAACCUGCUGUGCUACAUGGUCCAGCUGGGCCACUGA